CUCUGGCAAGCAAAUGACAGCAGCAGCCUGAAGCAAAGAUCUGCAGCGAAGACACGAAACCUGGGAUAUUCACUGCAAUCUUCUCCUGUGUCAAAACUAAAGCCUUGGCAACUCCUGUGAUACCAAUUGGACUGAUAAGUGGUGGAAAAGUCAGCUGUUUCCCUCCAUAGCAUGACUCCUCGAGAUCACAUGAGAAAGAUGUCAAUCCUUGGAGAACAGGGAACCUUGGAAGAUAAGCAUUUAUAUCGGCUAGCCAGUGGAAUGGCAGCAGGUGAGUUGCGGCAGCGGCAAGAGAUGAUCAUGAGAAACCAGAUGAUGGCGGUAAACCCACAACUUAUGGCAGGAGGCCAGCAGAGAAUCCAGACAAUUCCCUCACAGUUUGAACCUCGGUUCAUGGAAAGAGAUUUGUUACCUUCAGCUGAGAUGUUGGCUCCAAAUGACCCCAGGCAGAUUCAUGUAGCUUCCCACCUGGGUCCUGCAGUCCCACAACAUGCCAACAUGCCAAACCUAUUAUCCAAUCGUGUUUACCAAGGGCCAGGUUAUAGUUUUCUCCAGCCAGAAUCUAUGGAAGCUGUAACCAGAAGGCAAGAAUUGGUUCAGAAACAAAACAUUGCCAGGAUGGAGAUGGAAAUGGGUGCCAUUUUUCAACAAAAAGAAAUAGAAAAAGCUCACCGCAAAGGGCUGUUAGGACUGGAAGGCCCCUUCCUUUACCACAGUAUCCCAGCUAGCCCAGUUGCUUUCCGAGGGAGACACAGGAUACCAGAAGGCCACCUUCCUAAUGACUUAUAUGUUCAUCGAACCACCCUUGAUGAACUUCAUGGCAAUGCCAUGUUAAUGGCCACCAGCCCCUACCCGCCUGUCAGCACUCUACAAAGGGAGCGAGGCCGCCGUCCAGGCAGAAGAGCCGGGAAUCACAAAGCGGCUGAUUGUACUGUCAAUGGCAUCAAGAGCCAAGUAGAAGAUAAGGCCAUGGACCUGGCUGCUGUGGCUGCUGAUGAAGAGAAAGAGGACAAAAAGGAAGCAGAGGUGGAAAUGCUGAGCAAACAUGAACAAAGUAAAGUCCACACAGAGCCAUCUGCUGUGGUGGCCAAAAAUGACAAGGAGUAUGAGCAUGCCUUAAGGAAAGAUUCAGGCAGCCACGAAAUACCCAGUGAAGCUAAUGGCUGCAGCAAUGGAAAUGAGAAAGAUCCCAGCAACUCUUGCUCGGCCUUUGAAGAAAAGUAUGUGUAUCCACCUGCAUUUGCAUUCUCAACACUCCCGUAUGGUUUCUCUGUACCCAGCAACCCACUGCUACCUUCAGCCACUUCCAGCCUGAUUCUGAAUGCAGAAGACAUUUCUUCUAUUGAAGAUAUCCGCAAAUGGACUGUUGAAGAUGUAUAUAGUUUUAUCAUCAGCCUUCCAGGGUGUUCAGACUAUGCACAGAUAUUUAAAGAUCAUGCGAUUGAUGGAGAAACCUUACCGUUACUCACAGAAGAACAUCUUUUGGACACAAUGGGAUUAAAACUUGGACCUGCAUUAAAGAUACGGUUGCAGGUGUCCCGGCGCUUAGGCAGUGCCUUCUACAUGAUGAACCUUCCUCUGUCCAUGCCCACUCCAUCUGCUCCAAGCAAGCCUUCUGAUCCUCCCCCAGAUGUGGCAUCCCCUCUUCAUUGCAAUAAUACUGGUGAUGCUCUAGCCAGUCCUACGUCCAAGGAUGCAGAACUUUCCAAAAUGGUUGAACAAGGUGCUACAGAAAACAGGGAAAAUACAUCAGAUAUAGCCGGAACUCCGGCAGAUUUCCAUAUGGUCAGCUAUCAGAAAAACUGAAGCUGGUCACAGUCUAGAAAUGACAGUGUGUUUUUAAAAAGUGACCAUGCAAAUCUAAAACACUUGUGAAGCCUGGAAACAUGAAAUAAGCUGUGCUCAAUACAAUUUACUGUGUUUUUUUAAAAAAAAUAUAACUGAAAUAUAUGCAUCUGUGCAAUUAAGAAGUACAGUAGCUU